CGGAAAGGGGGAUUUAAACAUGGCGGACCGCAUGGCGGCACGUUUAGCCGCUCAGGAGCGGCAGAUCGAGGCUCUGGGGCGGGAGAUCGGCCGCCUGCGGGACGGGCUGGUUAGCGGGCAGGUCGCCGCGGAGCUGGCGAGCAGCGCUGAGCUGGAGAACCUGCGCAGCGAGAACGAGAAGCUCAGAUACCGGCUGAUACACCUCCGCCGCGGCCUGCAGGCCGAGCCGGGACCGGGACCGGGACCGGAGCCGCGCCGAGACCCAGAGCCCGGUAACACCACCACCACCACCACCACCAACAACAACAACAGCGUUCAGGAGAAACAGAGGAGCACCAGAGAAACAACCUCCAGAGACACAGCCCAGAACAAGAAUGCUGCUCUGCCGAAAACUCCAGAUGCCCAAAAUGCAGCAGAGAAGAGCAAAAAGAAGGAGAAACCCAAAGGAGAAGCUGGAGCGGGAGAACUAAAGCCUUGGCCGAGCUACAUCUCCGAGCGCUUAGAGCUGUACAAUCGACUGAAGAAGGAGAGCGACGCCAUUCUGGCCAAGCAGGCGGCUAACAGCCAGCCCAUUUCAGUCGUCCUGCCUGAUGGACAGAAAGUGGAGGCUCAGUCUUGGAUCACCACCCCAUACCAGCUGGCCUGUGGCAUCAGUCAGGGUCUGGCUGAUAACUGUGUGAUUGCCCGUGUGGACGGUGGCCUGUGGGAUCUGGACCGGCCGCUGGAGAAGGACUGUUCACUGGAGCUUUUGCGCUUCGACCAUGAAGACGCUCAAGCCGUAUACUGGCACUCUAGUGCUCAUAUCCUGGGUGAAGCUAUGGAGCGUUUCUAUGGGGGCUGCCUCUGUUACGGGCCACCCAUCGAAAACGGCUUUUACUACGACAUGUUCCUGGAUGAGCAAAAAGGAGUGUCGAGCACUGAGUUUGGAGAUUUAGAGACACUUUGUAAGAGCAUUAUGAAGGAUAAACAGCCAUUUGAGAGAUUGGAGAUCAGCAAAGAAACACUACUAGAGAUGUUUAAGUAUAACAAGUUUAAAUGUCGUAUCCUGAACGAGAAAGUGGAAACUCCAACCACUACUGUUUACAGAUGCGGUCCCCUCAUUGACCUGUGUCGAGGUCCUCAUGUACGUCAUACUGGCAAGAUUAAGGCACUAAAGAUCUACAAGAACUCAGCCACAUACUGGGAAGGCCGCUCAGACAUGGAGACCCUUCAGCGCAUCUACGGCAUUUCUUUCCCCGACAGCAAGAUGCUGAAGGAGUGGGAGCGCUUUCAGGAGGAGGCCAAGAACCGAGACCACCGCAAAAUUGGAAAGGAUCAGGAGCUGUUCUUCUUUCAUGAUCUGAGUCCAGGAAGCUGUUUUUUCCUGCCGCGGGGGGCCUACAUCUACAACACUCUCACUGAGUUCAUCAGGGAGGAGUAUUGGAGGAGAGGAUUUCAGGAGGUGGCUUCACCCAACAUCUACAACAGUAAGCUGUGGGAGACGUCGGGUCACUGGCAGCACUACAGUGAAAAUAUGUUCUCCUUCCCUGUGGAACAGGACGUCUUCGCCCUCAAGCCCAUGAACUGCCCUGGACACUGUCUGAUGUUUGGCCACCGGCCGCGGUCCUGGAGAGAGCUUCCCCUCAGGCUGGCAGAUUUUGGUGUGCUGCAUCGUAACGAGCUCUCUGGUACACUCACUGGACUCACCAGGGUUCGCCGCUUCCAGCAGGACGAUGCUCACAUCUUCUGCACUAUGGAACAGAUUGAGUCAGAGAUGAAGGGUUGUCUGGACUUCCUGCGCUGCGUCUAUGAUGUAUUCGGCUUCUCCUUCCAGCUACAUCUCUCCACCCGGCCUGAGAAGUUCCUCGGUGACAUCGCUGUCUGGAACCAGGCUGAAAAGCAACUUGAAAACAGCUUGAAUGAGUUUGGUGAGCCUUGGAAACUAAAUCCAGGGGAUGGAGCAUUUUAUGGGCCAAAGAUUGACAUCAAGAUUAAAGAUGCCAUCGGGCGCUAUCACCAAUGUGCCACCAUUCAGCUGGACUUCCAGCUGCCUAUUCGAUUUGACUUGACAUAUGUGGGGAAAGAUGGAGAUGACAAAGCCAGGCCGGUUAUUAUCCAUCGUGCUAUUCUGGGCUCAGUAGAGAGGAUGAUUGCCAUUCUUACAGAAAACUAUGCAGGAAAAUGGCCACUGUGGUUAUCCCCACGUCAGGUGAUGUUAGUGCCUGUUAAUCCAUUCCUUGAAGAAUACGCCAGUAAGGUGUGUAAGCAGUUUGUAGAGGCGGGCUUCAUGGCGGACGCAGACCUCGACUCCAGUUGCCUUCUAAACAAGAAAAUUCGCAAUGCUCAGCUAGCUCAGUACAACUUCAUUCUAGUGGUGGGUGAGAAGGAGAAGAUGACUAACAGCGUCAACGUGCGCACGAGGGACAACAAGGUUCACGGAGAGCUGACUGUGGCGGAGGUUCUGGCCCGGCUUACUCUCCUUAAACAGUCCCGGUGCAGGAAUGCAGAGGAAGUUUUCUAAACUAAAACUCUGGCCUGAUCUCAGUUUAAAGGAACCAGUAGCUCUCAUUCAUAGAUUGCAUACCUAAAAGUAUAAAAAUAAUCAUUUAAUUUCAAACAAAUUAAUAUAUAGGGCAUCUGCAGCAUUUGACAAUAGUUUUAACACAUUUCCUUGUAUAAAACGAAAUUCUGUUGACUUCAACCUCGCAUAGAAAGAUCAUCUGUUGCUGAGAAAGUAGCUGAAGUCUAUGAAUAACUAUUUGUGUGACUAUAUACAGUAUAUAGCUGUUACAUCCUAAUAUAUAAAAAAAUGACCAAAUAUCCUAUUUUCGAUUUUUGACAGGACUGCUAAAUAAUCAAUUCCACUUUAAUCUGAAGAUUGUUUAGAAGCAUUUCUAUUGGUCCACACCUCGUAAAAUUGACAUGAUAUUGGUGUUUUUUUUUUAAAUCAUGUAAGAAAAUGGUUGAAAAUGGAGAUACAAAGUUUUAUUCACACAAAAAAUAUUGUGUGAUCAAUAUUGUAAGAUUCAUGGCAUUAAACUUCACCAGAUACAAGGAAACACAUUAAAACUAUUGCCCAUGGCAAUCAACUGUACAGCAUACAGUAAAUCAAAUCAAAUGCUUAAUUAGGGUGAAAAACACUGAAGUAGCUCCUUUUAAAAACCUGUUUAUGAAACUGUGAAGGUUCUUUUUCCUGUUUUGAACUGGGAUCAUGUUAUUUAGAGCUUUGCUCAGUUAAGGCAGAAAGGACAUGGUAAAACGCAAUGCAGAAAGUAAUGUUAGAUAUAGAAAAAGGGACAGACGGAGUUCUGCGGAGGAAAUGGCGGCAUUAGAAGAAAGCCAUUCAUGAUGGAUUUGAGAUUGUAUGAAAUGUCUUUAUGUAACAAGGCAGAAUAAUUUUUCAGUGCAUAUAAAAUCUCUCAGUUCUGUAGGCACGUGGGAAGGCAGGCUGGCAGAGGUGGCGUUUGGCUGGAGCACUUGUGAAAAUGUCUACAAAAUGUCUUCACUUUGAUGCAGUUUUGUGACAUACACUAAAUGCUUGCAUAUAAAAGUACAUACAGUACAAUGAACGGUCAGUCUGUAAUAUUCAAAAAUUGUGUUCCAGUAAAGGGAAAAGUUGAUGUUACGUGACGAUGGGAAGUAAAUGUGAAGUAAAUAAUGUCCUGCUGCUAUUUAUGAAGAAUAAAAGCCUUUUCAAAAACAAA